AUGGCAGUGCUCGCACAAGUGCCAUUCCCAGCGUCUGUACCUUUACUGUCAACCCCUCUUAAGUCAAUCGUCUCCCUCCAUGCUCAAUGUUUCGACCGCUUCUCAGAGCCGAUUCAGGCCGUACCUGCUCUGGGAGAGGAUGGAUCUUCCCUGAAAGAGUGGAUAGAGGGAUUCCAACGGUUUUGGGACGAUGGGUGUCAAUGGGUGGAGGUCGCGGUUGAAAAUGAGGAACAACAGCUCGAGUACGUUUAUAUCCCUGCACAGGGAGGCACCGGCGAGUCCGGAGAAGCACAGAAGAAAUUGGAGAAACCUGUUCAUCCAGGGCGGGAAGUGAUUGUUUGGGAUGAGCUACUGCGCAUUCUGGAGAGGGCGACCUGGAUGCAACCUCUCAUCCACAGCACACCCCCCUCCAAACCCUUGGCAAGCACCCCAUUCCCUAUCCCUCGACGUGGCCCGCGUGUCUAUCUCCUGCGCGCUUCCUGCCCUUCCUCCUCUUUCCCUCUCGUAUCCUUCGAUCGUAGAAACUUCUGCGACCGGUCGAGCCCUAGCGAGCUAGUCGCGCCCGUAUCCCUUUUCCUAACCGAUUUGAAGCAGUCUUCAGCACAGUGUAACGAUGACUACAUCAAAGUGAAGUUCUAUGGGGCAUUCGGACGUGUCGGGUCGGACGUGCUGGUAAAGAUGAAAGAGGGCGCAGCUCUGGCGAAAGCAGGAGGUGAUACCGUGACUUGGGAGGCGUUUGAAUCCAAUCUGCUGCAAUGGGAAUGGUACUCCUGCCAACCCGAUUUCUCGGGUGCCGGGCUGGACACGUUUCCUGGCGUCGCCCUCCAGACCAAACGUGCAACCGAACUUCUGCAGCCUCAUAUUUUUCAAGACGGUCUAGUCCUCAACUCCAUCCGCGCUACUUGUGGCCAGGACGAGCGCAUCCUCCGCCUUGAGGACUGUAGCACAACGUCCCCUCCCGGAAACCUGGAGCAAAAGCUCGGCAGCUUCUUACAGGCCGUCGAUGCCCUCACCUUCCCAGCACCGGACUGUAUGGUCGUCACCAUUACGUGGCACGACCGCACUGGGAAGGAGAACGGCACACCCGUGCUGAUCAAGACUCCACAGUGGUUCACCAAGUACGGAGUGGGACGAGAAGGAACGGAGAAAGAAAUGAAAGGCGGGCGGGAGGACGGGGAGUGGCUCGAGUUUUGGUUGUAUAAACGGGCGAUGCAGGCUAUUCGAUGGCCGACUUGUGAGGAAGUGAUGAACCCUCAUCUGGUCGGGACAUCUGGCAACAUCGAUCACUCUACACCUCCGAGCGAAUCAAAUUCCCCCAAUGAUCCGGACAAUCCGAAUCUCACCACCAGGCCAACCAGCCUCACCCACCCCUAUCCUGCCGUUCCGCCUCACUUCACAUGGGCUCCGAAGAACAUGGACCCUCAGAUCUGGCAGCAUGCUCGAGACACAUAUGCUAUCGCCUCCUGUCCAGGGCAACAGUACCGCCUGCAGCCGAGCUACCAUGCGCCUCCCGGUGUGCCCGAAUCCUCCCAACCGUUGACGAACCUCAACGAAUGGCUCUCUGUCGUGCACCCCUGCGUGCAGAAAGCGUCGGCUAUGGGAGAGGAUUGGGUGUAUGUCGCAUUCGUUUGGGCUGAAAGUUCAGAGCUGGGAAUGGAAGCUCCCAGACCGCAUCAAGAGUAUUAUAUCAUCACGCGGUAUUGGGAGGAGAGGAAGAAUGCGCCCCUCCCGCCUGGGUUGAGGAUCCGACUAGGAGAUUUCGAAAGGGCAAUGAGGGGUACUGUCCCAAACCUAAGCGGAUCCGGGUGGCCAGCUGUCGCCCCUGCAACCAAAUCCAACUCACCACUGAAGAGCAUCGAUCCCGACACCUGGGCCCGCGCGGCUUGGAUCACCGCCUACUGUCCUGGCCAGAAAUACCGCUUGCAACCUGCCUAUAUCCCACGUCUUGGCAGACCCGACCACCUUACAGCCGUAGACAAAUGGCUGUCCGCUAUCGAAGCCUGCGCGCGCAGCGCUUCGACCAUACCCAAGGACUGGAUACAUAUCUCUCUUUCCGAGACGGAGAUUGCCCUUCCCCAUGAGCAUUACUUCAUCGUCACCCAGCAUUGGGUAGAACAGGGAGAGAAGGCGCUUCCACCCCCAGGGCCGAGUAUCGGACUCGACGACUUCGUCACCGCAGUAAGGGAUAUGAAAGCUUCUGGUGGGUUGCGAGCUGAUGUCGGAUUAGCGAUCCAACCCGGUAUACCUCCGCCUGUGCCACUCAAGGACUCAAUUAUUCAUCCUGAGGAAGAUGCUCCCGCUCAUUCCGUCCUCGGCGUGCCUCCCCACGCUAACUGGAUCUACACCAACGAAACCAUAUUCGCUAGGAGUAUCCCUUACCAUGCGGUUGUCACGACCUUUUGCGGCACCCGAUUCUAUGUCCUUGAGCCUAAUAGCCCAUCCUCACGAUGGGUAAUACGGAACGUGAAUGAGUGGCUCACGGCCGUUGACCGGUGCGUCCAGGAUGGAUCUGAGUGGCGGCGCAAGUGGUUAGAGGUGUCUAUCUCAUGGGAAGGACCGAUUAAUCGGGCGCCUGAGCCAUACACCAAGCAGACUUAUAAUGUUGUUCCCAAGCGCUGGGAGGGUGAGGCGGCAUUAGAGAAAGCAGGGCCGACGUCGAAAGUCCUGGUAGGGUGGAUCCGCUGGGACCACUUCGCAGCGGCUCUCCGAGAAGUUCGUUGGCACCCUGGGCCAACAAGUCUGCCUCAGUUUCCUGCAGGGGUGGUGCUUGAUCCUCUUCCUCCAGUGAAUGGACCCGCCCCUGCACCAAUUCGCCCAGCAAAUUCCCUCGCACCACCUUACCCCCUCUUCCCGGCGACACCCAAAUCUUUCUGGGGGAGACUGCAUGCUCUCCUGACCCAGGAACUCUUGCUCAUCUCCACGCCACGUCCUUUGGAUGAGGAUGCUCGAGAGUACGUACCCCUUCCCGCACACCCGCGCGUGGGGCCCGUCACAAUAGCCACCUACAUCGCUGAUGUGUGGGUGUUCUUGGCCGAAAAUGCUUACCCACAAAGUGUCUAUGUCACUUUCGGCGUCGUUCUCUUGAUGUUUGUUGGUUUGGUAUUUAUGCUCAGCAGAACGAUGAGACGUCGCGCGAGUCGCCGACGUGCGAUGAUCGGAGAUACGUCGGAGAAGACGGAGAAAGAGAAGUGCUGAUUCAUUUACGUUCAUUCUUGUACUUGUUCUGGACUCAUCGGAGAGGAAAGGGGAAUGUGUACGAUGGAUUCAUUAUUUUGGUCCUGAUUCGGACUAUCACUGCCUGUCCUUACACCCACUUGCGCUUGUAUUUUCCGGCGCACGUGGUUUUUGCAAUAUAUCCA